UCAGGCUGGGAAAAAGGACCAGGGCCAGGGUGAAUUCGUGCCGGUGUUUUCUGCCCCGUCUGCUCUCACAGGCCUCGGCUGCGGCCGGCGGCUCGUCCUGCUGAGGGGGUCUGCCCGGGGGGAUGGACACGGCCACGGAGCCGACGGACCGAUGGAAGCAAACCGACAAAACAUCCACGUGGUCCCCGCAGCCCCGGGGGGAGCUCAGCUCUGCUGUUCAUCACUGCCCCGCUCAGCGCUGGCAGCUCCCCGGCAGCGAAACCCCUCCGAGAGCCGGGGGGGAGCCGGGGUGCACCCUGGGGACCCCCUUACCUUUUGAAGCUGCUGGCCAGGGAGAGGCAGAGCACGGCGAGGAGGAGGAGGCGCUUCAUGCCGGCGACUUGGCGGGACGGGUGCGGGCAGCGCCGCGGCGUCGUUCUUAUAGCGACAGGUACACCCGCGCCCCGGUGCACCAGCGCCCGCGAUAACGCCCCUUUCAAUGUCAACACGGGGCUUUGGCAGCGGGAAUGAAUCACGGGCCACGUCCCAGGCGAGGCAGAGCGAGGGCCCCGGGGUCAAGUUUGGUUUUGUGGGCGAGGGGCCGGCGGAGCGGGGCGGUGAGCGGGGACCUGCCGGGCUGUGGCAGCUGCUUUUGGGGGGGGCAGCGAAGGUCCCGCUGCGGGAGCAGAACGGGGUCUGCACCCCAACGCUGGCUCCUUAUCCCCUGGAAAUCGCACAGCCCAGCUGAGCGGGUGGAACGCCCCCCCCAAAUUGCUCUGGGGGAGCCUUUCCCCUUUCCACGGGGUGCCCCACACCCUGACAGCUCUGAGGGGGUGCAAGGAAGGAAUGUGUCUGCAGCAUCCGGCAGCUGCUGAGCAAACUUUAAAAGGUAAAGGCUAAUUAGCAGUGAUGAACUGCUCGGGAAUCUGCAACUUUCCCUUUUAAAUAGCCGUCAGUGCCAUCAAAGCGCAGUCAGGAAGGAGCAGCUUUGCACAGGAGACAGUUACAUGUCACUUUACAGCCACUAACGGGCUCUUCCCCAGUGGCUGAUUUUCGUUUAACACAGGACGGCCGUCUCAUUAAGCCUCUGUGAAUGCGAAUAAAAAAUGCUAACGAACAAAUAAAGCCUUCAGAUCCAGAGGGGAGGCGGGUGGGGGGAGGCGAGGAUUUUCUUGCUGCCACCAUCCCUCCGACAUGCGGCUGAAGGCUUGUGAUGGUGCUGUGUCAUCUUUGUGGUUGUUUUUCACGUUUCUGAUGCUACAAGAACUGGUGACGGGUGUCAUGAAGGGAGUUGUUUUACCCAGUUUCCUGGGUGUGAGCUCGGAGACUCAGAGUCGGCGCUGAUGGCAGUUGCAGCCGUUUUUUCCAAGUCAAAUGAAAAUUCCCUGCACUUCCUCAUGCCCAGAAUCCAGUGCAAGACUUGGCCAUAUUUGUCCAAAAAAUUGGGGAAAAAAAAGGCUUUAUUUCAUCCAUACUUUCAACUGUACCUCAGUGUUUGCAAUACACUGCAUAUGCAGAUGGAAGAGCAGCUGCGUUUUCAGGACACGCUGCCCGUCCCUGCCUGCGCCUGGGGCAUCUGUGCCGCCUUUACGGCGGAGAGAGCCCAGAGUGACGGAGCCCAGCGUGCAGAAUUAUUUAUAAGUCUGGGGCCUUUGAAUCCAUCUUGUUAAUAAAACAGCAGAAAAAGAACCUUACAUUCAGUAGAAAUGCAAUGAAACAUGACUGCCAGCUACUGGAGCAUCCCAGGUCUUAUAAGAAAUAUAUGGCCUAUAUAUAGUCCUGUACUGCUUCCAGGCAGUAGCUGUCAUAAAGAGUGUCUUACCCCAUCCAGCUUUACAUACUUUCUCUCAGAUAUGUUAGAAAUAGCUUAUGCACCUUGCGUGAAAACUAUGCUUUACUCAUUUUAAGAAACCUGCUUUCAGGCUAAAAAUAAGUUUUCUGUGUUCUUUUUUUUUUUUUUUUUUUUUUUUUAAUAUAUAUUUCCUUUGGUUUAGCCACUUUCACGAUUAGCUCUGAUUCAAAUCGUACCCAAGCAGCAUUUUCUGAAAGGCCUUUUUUCUCUGCUUCUCAAAUACUUCUUCCACCUGUUAAUCUGUAUAUACAUCACUGAGCACUUGAAAGAGUGAAACCCUGCAAUAGCAAACACUCACUUUAAAAAAAAAAAAAUAAAUAAAAACAAGCAAGCUUCAGUUAAAUAUUUACCCAUGGCACAGAAGUGGUGGGUAAAGCAGGACUAAAAUCCCCCCGUGACGGAGCUGAUGGACGUGGUCCCUGCGAUCCCAGGGGAUGUGAGGGAAAUGUGGGCAGCGACUGGGCCACGACGGGGACCUGGCAGGGGACCCCAACUCCUGGGGAUGAACCUCGACGGUGGCUGGCACCUGGGCGUGAGUAGUGAUUUAGUGAUUUGCAGGAGCCGGUCUUCUCUUUGCCUUUAGAAAGUUGGGGGGAUGCACUGAGCUGCUGGGGUGCUAUCUCCCUGGGAGAGGGUCGCUGUGGUGGUGUGGGGAUGGUGGGGAUGUUUAAACACCAGCAGGCACCGUCCCCAUGAGUCAGGGACCCCGCGAGAAGGGGGAGCCCCUCGCUCCCUGCCCAUCUCCUGCCAGGGAAGGAGCGCAGAAGCUGCCGCAGGGCAUCUGCAGCACCAGGACACUGCUUGGGGGUGAGAGCUGCGAGAUCAGCUCCUACGGGGCAGAGGCAUCACGGUCCCCAAAUCUGCUGCGAACUGACAAGAGUGAGUCUGCCACUCUGCCGUUUGCGCCCCGCCGUUAUUAACUGAUGCCACAAGUUACUCCUGACCAGAAAAUUUUUCCAGAAAAAGGGCAGGUGGUGGCCCAUUCACCCCCAGCAGACACCAAGCCAUGCCAAGCUCCGGACCCGCGGCCCUUAUGAUUUAAAAUGUUUUACCCCUAUAGCAGUCUUUUACUUGGAAGCACGCAGCGCGCUUUUUGGGUGUCAGCUGAAUUGCUCGGGGCUGACCCAGCUCCACCACUGCUGGGCAGAGCUCUCCGCCCUCGGGCACCACUUUGCUCCAGCAAAUCUCAACUGCAUUUUAGCACAAAACUGCUGGAAGACGGAGCAAGAGGGGAGUCACCGCCAAGGAAAACAACCCAGGGGGAGACAGCCAGGCCUGAUCCCCAGCCCCGGAUCAGAAGCAGGCGCAGAACAGCAGAGAAACACCCAAAUAUAUGUAAAUGAGCCAGUUGACAGAGGGGAAGCGUCACGGAACCUCGUGUGGGCUCGUUCCUGCCAUCACCAUCGGGGUAGGGCGAGACCGCAUCCGGCACCGAGCCGGCGAGCGCCUCUGCUCCGCUGGGCCCCUGCGGCUGCACGGCCGCCCAAAAUGCUGCCAAAACGUCCUUAAUUCCGGCUCCCUCCAAGGCCCUGGCUGCCCAGGUCCUGGGGGAAAGGGAAAGUGCGGGAAGCUCCGGUCCCCCAGGUAAAACACCGUUGGAUAUUGCUUUCCCCCCGCCGUUGCAUGCGAUGCCUCGGGAAGCGGAGGGGUCGUUCAUCGGGACGGGAGCUGGGUUCGGCGUCGGUGCCCGAGGGGUGCCUGCAGGCGUGCAUCACUGCCAGCCUGAGCUUUAGCCUUAACCCGGGGAAGCAAGGCCUGGCUCAAAUCGGAUUAAGAUAAUUUGAGGCACUUCUGUGAUUUUGUUUACCUUUAGAUUGAGCGUAGACAUCUUGGAUUCACUACAGCCAAGUAGGAGCUCUUUACAAGCCUUGAUUUCAGAAGGACAUCUUGCUUGAGAAAGGGUUAAUAACCUGGGGGCUAGAGGGAGGGAGGCUCACAGCAAGUUUACUCUACACCAAAAAAGUACAUGUGCUGCUGCCAGCAUCUUACUGGCUGUUAUCUUCAAAAUAGAUAUUUCAAUACGUGCCUGUGUAUCAUCUCUUCAAUCUCGCCAUACCCCAUCUCAGCAAAGAAGCUGCCUGCUACUGAUAUUUGGAUUCGGGUCUUAUUUUGCAAUUUCCUUUUGAACAGCUCAUUUUUCAGAUUGUUAUCUCCUGCAGCAGCAUCUCCUGCCCCACAAUAGGAAAUGAGCCAUUUAAGAAUGACAGCCAUUUGAGAAGGAUAUUUGGGGACAGAUCAGUUCAAUAAGGGAGGGGGAAAAUUCCAGCAAGAAAUGUACUUUUUGCUUAGCAAUUUCCAAACUGUUUGGGUGAGUGGAAUUCCGCAGGAGACUGAUGAGGCUAUUGGUAAAGCUUUUGAUAAAUUACCCUGGGAGAUAUGUCAUAAAGAAAAUCAUAGAAUCUGAUCCAUAGGAUGGAUAAUGCCUUUGCUUUAACUAUCAAUCUAUCUAUCCGUCUAUCAAUCAUAUUAUCAUGGCUCCUUAAUCAUCGUAUCAAAGCUUUAGUUGAAGAUACCUCCCUAUGUUAGCCAUUUAUAAACACUAAGUAUGUAGGCAUUGAGUGAAGAUUUGAAGUGCUUUUUUGCAAGAGAAAGCUCACAAAAUAGAUGCCCUGGUUGCUGUUCAUGAUUAUAAACCUCUUCAGUAUUAUGGCCAAAAGUUGCAAGGCAAGGGGCUCAGCUCAGGUGUAUGUGUUUUCUGAUUAUGCACCUUAAGUCCUCUUAACUGCAACAAGAUUUAAGCACUCGCCUAGAAUUAAAUCAGAGGUGUCUCAAAUGCAGAGGUGUUGAAGGGCCCUGACCUUUCUCACUGGAUCUCGACCAAUGCAAGAUCCUGACGCCAAACCCAUGGCCUCCUUUUGGUUAUUUUCUUUUAUGGGAUUUUUUUUUUUUUUUUUCCCAGAUUACAAUUAUAAAAUAUUUUUUGCAGAUUUAAAAAAAAAAAAAAAAAAAAGAAUCGCAAGAGAGGAUUAAAGCAAGAAGAAUAAAUUUCAGUUCUUGCUGCUAUCAGCGCUGCGGUGGAGCCCAGAAGCUCCAGUCACCUAUCAGAUGUGACCGAGGCGGCAGUGUAUCAAACCAUUAAGCCCAGUGGUAGCGCCGGGGAGGGCGCGUGGCUGUGUGAGGGGUGCACACGAGAGAGGGACUCGCGCAGAGGGAGGGCUGGGAGCCUUUCCCCCACGUCUCCCACGCCGGAGCCCCCCUUUCAAGCGGCGAGCCUGAUCUUCAGCUGACGUGGAGCAGCGUGGAGCUCCGUGGCACCAUUUUGGUUGAUUGCCACCAGGGCUAGCUGCCUCUUUCUCUGUGCGUGUGCGUGUGUGCGUGUGUGUGUGUGUGUCCCAAGACCUCCGACGCUUCGCCGGGCAUCGCGCCGAGACGCUGGGCAGGGAGGAUGAGCACUUGCGAGUGGUGGGUGCUUGUUGCCAUCUCAGCUGUCACCUUGAUCCUCUACGCUCUCCUCUUGCUGACACUUUACAUCAUGCUCAGCAGGAAAAUAGCCAGCCACUCCGGCAGCGAGGCGGCGAGCAGCAGCCCCGCGGCACGGCCCCAGCCGCCUCCGGCCUCCGCAGCGGGAGGGGAAGGGGUGCCAAGACCAGCCUACGUGGGGAGCAGCGACACAUCUUCAGAGACCUCGGAGGACUCGGACAGCAGCCCUUCCUGCUCGCAGGGCCCUCGCUCAGAAGGAAACCUCAAUUACACAUCCCUGGUCUUCCCGGGGAAAGGCCACGGGCCAGGCUCCACCAGGGACUACGAGAACAUGAAGAUUAGGACAGACUACGUCAACGUGGACCCAAAGAAGAAGCAAGUGGAUUUCUGGCCCUGCUCCAGCCCCGUGGCAUCCGAUUCCAUCGAGUACACGGAGAUGAAGCUGUGACACCCAGGACGCUGCUGCGGGGUGUCGGGUCAGAUGCUGCCAGGACGGGGAGGUGCCCGAAGCCCCCGACAGCCGCACGCCCAGGGCUUCCCCUGGCCCUCGCCUCGGCCAGCGCCUGGCACGGGCUGACGCCUGCCAGCUUUUAUUCCUUGUAACACUCUAACCCGCUGAUACAAUUUGCUUGGUGUUUUACUUAAAUGCAUCACUGUUCCUGAAGGCUGCUGAGCAUGGGAUGGCGCAGGGAGGCAUUCCUCCUACCCAGGCUGAAAGGUACUCUCCAGUUUUGUGUGAUGGCCCUUUUCCUCAUUUCAUGAAAGCAAGUGAAACAUCCCCCCCUGCCCUUCAAAACGGGAUGCAGUUCUGGGAGGGAAAUUCAUUGGUCUUCAAAAUUCCCACUCAAACUGGCUGGCAUCUCCUCUGAAUGACGCUUUCUUUGCUGAUCGCUGUCACAAAAUAAUUUUAAAUACAGUUCCUCCACCAGCUUUGCCCUCACUGCCCGACAAGCCCUGUUCCAUCAACCUCUCCUGCUCCCCUUUUCCCUGGAUGCUCAAAAUCUUUCCAAGUCCCCGUCGUCCUCAGAGCUGUCGCUGGGGCUGGGGUGGCUCGACCCCUGGCUAUGCAUCAAAGGGGAUGCCAAGGAAGGAAGGUGGCCCUGCCAGGGAGCUUCCUCCCCCAGCUGAAAGCCGUCGUCAUCAGCCCAGCUGGCAAACAGCCGAGGGGUUCCCAGGGGAUUUAUAUCCCCCCUCCUUGGGUGGAGGGCCUGGGCUGGCUGCUGGUGCCUCUGGGCUGUGAGGGGGGCAGGACUGGACCAGAGGUCUCCCCAGGAGCACAGGCAAGUCAAAUCCUUCUGUGUCUGGUGGGGAGGGGUGAUAUUCCCUGUUUCCCACCUUUUGCUUUUCCUGCACCCAACGCCCUGGGUGCAGGAGUUGACCUCCCCCACCUGAGCGAUGCCUGUGCCCAGCAGAGCUGUGGAGGGGGGUUCAGUGCCCUGGGCUGGGGUGCACACCGCUGUCCCCCGGUGAUCUCGCACCACGUUUCACCUUUUCCUUAAGCACUGGUUUAAUUUCUAGGGGAACUGAAGUGCAGUGCUGCAAUUUUCUCUAACAAAACUGAGUUGGGGGCUCUCUAGCUUGCGGAGAUAAGCGUGGGAUUGUGAACUGAGUAUGCUGGGAAGGCUGUUAUCUCCUCAGAGGUGCUGCUUCCCCUGCUCAUCAGUGAUUACAAUUGUCGGGUCACCUUCAUGCUCCUGAGGUCCAGAGAGCCAGUGCCUGUCUGGGGCUCGCUGUCCUCUCCCUGCCGCAGCAAAUUGCGGCUGCAAAUGGGGCCCAGUUCCUCCCACCACGCUGCUUUUUGCUACUUAGGAUUUUUCAAGAAAUAAACUUUCAAAGUGCUGGGGAAGGGAAAAUUCUGCAGUAGCUGGGAGCUCUGUUAGGCCGAUGGAGCUGCUGUCUCCCGGUACAGCCCUCCUUCAUCAGGGAUGGAGCUGCCCCAAGAGCAUUUCAAAUCGGCUCAGCGGCGAUGUGCUUUAAUGAAAGGUUGUGAGACAAUUGAUUUGGUAUUGAUCUCGGGGUGUGUCAGGCACUCCUGGUUUUAAUGACCUUGUUGUGUGGAUCUGGCCUAACUUGAAGGACACACAAAGGGAAAUGUUCUAAAACCCCCCAAAUCUCUGGGAAACAUUGCUGAAGGCCAGGAGAGGUGUGUUUAUGGAACUGGAGGUGAGGCCAAAACCAGCUAGUGGGAGUUUCUGGAAAAACUGAUUCAAAUGCUUGGUGAUUAAAAAUUGAAAAUAA